ACCUCUGCUUUAUAAACCUCCGACACCUCCGCCAUCGCUACACUCCUCCACACACAGACCUCGGACUUCUGCUCGGUCCUUGUUAAACCCCAGGACGUUUGUCUUCUCUUCUGAAACACUCGUUGUUGUUUUUUCUAUACUUUACCGUACUUUUGUGGCAGAAUGAGUUCGGCGUGUGUGCUCGUCCAGCAGCCGUCUCUGGGGGCAGUGCUGCGGCCGUGUCCGCAGGCAGUGAGCAGCCGCUCGGACACAAGCAGCAGUCAGAGGUCACUGUGGCGGCCGUGGAUGAACUCUCCAGAACAGUGUCGUCACAGAAGGCUGUCCUGUCCUUACUCCAGAGCUUCAGUACCAGGGAGUUUGACACCUGGAAAAGUCCAGUCUUUCCAGCACCCUGUCAGGCUGUUUUGGCCCAAGAAGAAGUCCUUUGACUAUCUGUACAGUGAUGGAGAGGCUCUGCUGAGGAACUUCCCUGUUCAGGCAACGAUCAACUUCUAUGAGGAGUCUGACUGUGAUGAUGACGAUGAUGAUGAUGAUGACGACGAAGAGGAGGACUGGGAAGAGGAGGACGACUCUGAGCCACGCCUGAAACCACAGUCGUAUUUCACACACUACAACUGAUGGACGGAACGUCUCCACGACUUUCUGUGAAAGUGCUGGAGAGAUGACUUUAGUCUGAAGAAUUUGUCCUCACAAACCUAACUUUUUCAACGCCUGACUGAGGCCUCAGGAGAUGCUACCAACGAGGCCAACGAUGAAGAAUGUUCCGACCCACAUGUUGACGUGAACCAGUGUUAAGAACCACGAGAACUGGGCUUUCCUUUGAUUAUAAAUCUACAGCACGGUUCUUCUUACAGUUCUGUCUCUUCAGUUUCUGCCUCUGGAGUUAAAUCCAUUUCAUAUUCUGCAUGUGUUGCACAUUCUAAGUGUGUUGUUGUUGUUGUUGUUUUCCAUGUGGAUAUUAGUGCGACUGUUGAGCCAAGAUGUCAAAUGUAUGUCCCACAUUUGGGAGAAUCUCAGGGUCCGAUCCUCGCCACGUUGUACAGACGGUGAUCUACACUCAUUUAUAACUUAUAUAUUGUACAUACCUUGUACAUAGACAUAUUAAAAUGAUUUAUUUUUAUAUUGUUUACUGAAGAAGUAUUGGUGAAGAAAUAAAUGAAAAUGUAAACGUA